GUCUGCAUCAUAGCUCGAAGAGAACAAUUCUCAUUAAAAGUGUCACGUGACCCUUGCUCGGACAGCAUUUCAACAGGAAGUCUUCAAACUUCCGAGGCUUCUUCUGGCGCAGCUGAAAAACUGCUGAGAUGACUCCGCUGUGAAGCCUUUAACCGAAGAACCCUCAGGAUUGGAAACAUCCAAGCGACGCUGAAAAGGUCUGAAGGUGGAAAACACAAAGCGCCAUGGUGACUCUGGAGCACAAUGGCAAGCCUGCAGGGGACCAGGAGCUUGCCAAAGAGGCAGAAAGGAGAAAACUUCUGGUGCGUUUUCCUCCGUACGGUGGCGUCGACGGCGACACUUGCCCAACAUGUCGAGGCACUGGACGAAUUCCCAGAGGCCAAGAGGAGCAGUUGGUUGCUGUGAUCCCAUGUAACGACGUGAGGCUGAAACCCAGACACACGAAGCUGUACGUGUUUCUGGCCAUGGUGCUGUGCCUCUUCGUUUGCUGCCUGAUCCUGUUCUUCCUCUUCCCGCGGAGCGUCACCCUCACCCCGGUUUCUGUGCAGUCAGUGAUGGUUUACUUCACCCCUGACAACAUCAGCAUGGAUGUCACGAACCUCAUCAAGAUCUCCAAUGAGAACUACGUUCCAGUUCAGGUGGUGACGUUUAACAUGCAGGGUCUGGUUAGCAAGACUGUUAUGGGAAAGACCAGCAUGACCAACAUGACCUCCAUCCAGCCCAGAUCCCAGAGAUCGGACGUCAUUAAAAUCAACCUCCUGAUCACAGACAAAGGCUUGAACAACUACUGCAAAUCAUCCUCUAUCAAGAUUCACACCUUAUUUGUGGAGUUGCAAAUGACAAUGAACAUUUCCUAUCUGUCACACAUGGAGCAGCUGUCAGUCGACACCUUUGAGUACAUCGACUGCGGCACCAAUUCCACCGUCCCACAUCCUGUGAGAUGAAAUACCCAGACUCACCGCCAUCCUGCUGCCAGAAUGGUGAAUUUAAUUCCAACCAGGCAUGUCGCCUGUACAGCCUAAACCAAUCACUACAGUGCUAAAAUGUGAGAAAAGAAAUGCUCCAAAUCAACUUGUAGCCCAAGAGAGUUAAUUUCUCUCUAAAUAUUCAGAAAUGAAUGUGUAAAUGUGUAAAAUUUACAAAGACUUUUUUUUCCCACAUGUACAUAAUUGUUUAAGUCACUAAAAAAUGUUUUUAUGCAGGAGAGCCUUAAUGUCUGGUUAUUUUGUUGUGUUUUGCACUUUAAUGAACUGUGAAGCUUCAUGAAUAAUUUUAAUUUACUAUAAACUGCUUUCAGUGGUACUGGUUUUUGAAAGAGAGCCCUCUCAGAAAAACAAAAACAAAAAACUUGCUAAAGAUAUUCCAUGUCUUUCCAAAGCCUGGAGGUAAACAUGCUUUUAACAGUUUUAUAUCAGUAAUGUGGAUGUUUACUUUAUCCAAAGAGCCCGCAAAGAAUUGUUUAAAAUGAAAACCUGAAAAUUUAAUAAUUUGAGGGAUUUCAAUGAUGCUGUUUACAUAUUUUAAAUAAAUCAUUUUUUUAUAAACUGCUUUACUUAUAAAAACUGCAGAAACAAUGUUUUGGCUGCUGUCCACAAAUCACGUGUUUUCGAUAAAUUUAAAGGUGUAAAUUUUAAAAAUAUGUAUGCAAUAAAAUUUCUAAAUAAGUUAA